CUCCUCCGCCGCAGCCGCAGCCGCAGCGCACGCGACGCCGAGUUCACCUCCUCCUCCCGCCGGCCGGCCGGGCGGAUAUAUGGGCGCCGAGGCAGAGCACCGCGCCUGUCCCUCUCCCUCUCCCCUCGGGAGGACCGAUGCGGCGCCCACCGUGCUGGGGCUGCAGCUGUCGGCGCUCAUCGACCACGUCGCCCGCGUCGACUGGUCCCUCCUCGACCGCAUACCCGGCGACCGCGGCGGCUCGCAGCAGGUCUGUAUUGAGGAGUUGAAUCAUAUUCUGGCAGAAGUGAAUGCCCAAAUCCUCCCCUCCCGUGAUGAACUUUCUCCAAUAAGGACUAUAGCCGGUGGUAGUGUCGCCAACACAAUUCGAGGUCUCUCAGCAGGUUUUGGGAUACCAACUGGAAUAAUUGGAGCCUGUGGAGAUGACAGCCAGGGAGAUUUGUUUGUCAGCAACAUGAGCUUUAGUGGAGUAGACCUCACAAGAUUAAGGACAAAAAAGGGGCACACAGCGCAGUGCGCAUGCUUGGUCGAUGCAAGUGGCAAUCGCACCAUGCGCCCUUGUCUAUCCAGUGCAGUCAAGCUCCAGGCCAAUGAGUUCACAAAGGAGGACUUCAAAGGCUCCAAGUGGUUGGUUGUUCGAUAUGCAAGUCAGAACAUGGAACAGAUCCAGGAAGCUAUUAGGAUUGCUAAACAAGAAGGUCUCUUGGUGUCAUUAGAUCUGGCUAGUUUUGAGAUGGUUCGUGAUUAUAGGAGGCAACUCAUUGACCUUUUGGAAACAGGCAACAUUGACCUUUGCUUCGCCAAUGAGGAUGAAGCUAGAGAGAUUAUAGGGGGAGAGGUGGCAUUUGAUCCGAAGGAGGCAGUUGGAUUCCUAGGCAAGUACUGCAAAUGGGCGGUGGUGACGCUUGCUUCAAAGGGGUGCAUAGCGAAGCAUGGGAAGCAGGUGGUGGAAGUGGCAGCGACCGGGGAGAGGAAGGCGGUGGACGCGACGGGGGCGGGCGAUCUGUUCGCGAGUGGGUUCCUGUACGGGCUGGUGAAGGGGCUGCCAUUGGAGGAGUGCUGCAAGGUAGGGGCGUGCAGCGGCGGGUCGGUGGUGCGGGCCCUGGGAGGGGAGGUCAGGCCGGAGAACUGGCAGUGGAUGUACAAGCAGAUGAACGCUACCGGCCUGCUGCUGCCCUGCCCUCUCUCUCAACAAGCUUGAAGCUUGAUUGCAUUGCAUUGCAUGCUGUUGCUUACUACUACUCCAGUACCAGUACGUAUUUUAAUUAAUUUAUUAAUUUGUAAGAUGCAACCAUUGAUUUUGAUAUAUAUAGCCUGCAUUGCAACGCGGUGCAGUGCCGUGCUGAUUAUUCGAUUUGCUGGACAAAA